AUGCUGCUGCUGCUGCUGCUCCUGUGCUUGGGCUGGGCGCGGGGGCACUCCCGGGGGGCGGCCGGGCUGCUCCCCAACGCCACCACGCCGAUCUCCAUCAUGGGCUUGAUGCCGCUCAGCCAGUCGGAGGAGGACCAGAAGAGCAAGAUCGGCCGGGGCGUGCUGCCCGCCGUGCAGCUGGCCAUGGAUCAGAUCCGCAACGAGUCCCUGCUCAACCCCUACUCGCUGGACCUCCGGCUCUAUGACACCGAGUGUGACAAUGCAAAAGGACUUAAAGCCUUCUAUGAUGCAAUAAAAUAUGGACCUAAUCAUCUGAUGGUUUUUGGUGGAGUAUGUGCAACAGUCACGUCUAUCAUUGCUGAAUCCCUAAAAGGAUGGAAUUUGGUUCAGCUUUCAUUUGCAGCAACAACCCCAGAGUUAGCUGAUAAGAAAAAAUAUCCUUAUUUCUUCCGGACAGUGCCAUCUGAUAAUGCAGUGAAUCCUGCGAUUUUGAAGUUACUCAAAUAUUAUCAAUGGAAGAGGGUGGGAACUCUAACCCAGGAUGUACAAAGAUUCUCUGAGGUGAGGAACGAUCUGACCAGUGUUCUGUAUGGUGAAGACAUCGAAAUUUCAGAUACUGAGAGUUUCUCCAAUGAUCCCUGUAUCAAUGUCAAAAAGCUCAAGGGUAAUGAUGUUCGGAUAAUCCUUGGCCAGUUUGAUGAGCAAAUGGCAGCAAAAGUGUUCUGUUGUGCUUAUGAUGAGGAGAUGUAUGGCAGUAAAUAUCAAUGGAUCAUUCCUGGGUGGUAUGAAAGUUCAUGGUGGGAAUCUUGGAUUAAUUCUUCACAGUGUGUCAGCAAAAAUCUUCUUACUGCCAUGGAAGGUUACAUUGGAGUGGAUUUUGAACCUCUCAGUUCAAAAGUGAUAAAGACCAUAUCAGGACGGACACCACAGCAGUAUGAAAAGGAGUAUAAUGACAAACGGGGAGAUGGACAGUCCAGUAAAUUUCAUGGUUUUGCCUACGAUGGAAUAUGGGUGAUUGCCAAAACACUGCAGCGGGCAAUGAAAUAUCUCAACACUACAAACAAACACCAAAAAAUUGAGGAUUUUAACUACACAAACCACAAACUUGGCAAAAUAUUUCUGGAUGCUAUGAAUGAAACCAACUUCUUUGGUGUAACGGGUCAAGUUGUAUUCAGAAAUGGAGAGAGAAUGGGAACCAUCAAAUUUACACAGUUUCAAGAUAGAAAGGAAGUGAAGGUGGGAGAGUAUAAUGCUGUAGCUGAUACACUGGAAAUAAUCAACAACACCAUCAGGUUCCAAGGAUUGGAGCCUCCAAAGGACAAAACGAUUAUACAAGAACAGCUGCGUAAGAUCUCCUUGCCUCUCUACAGUAUUCUUUCAGCACUCACUAUCCUAGGAAUGAUCAUGGCCAGUGCUUUUUUGUUCUUUAACAUCAAAAACAGAAAUCAGAAGCUAAUAAAGAUGUCCAGUCCCUACAUGAACAACCUUAUUAUCCUUGGAGGGAUGCUUUCCUAUGCAUCAAUUUUUCUUUUUGGCCUUGAUGGAUCCUUUGUCUCUGAAAAGACAUUUGAGACACUUUGCACAGUCCGGACGUGGAUUCUUACAGUGGGCUACACAACUGCAUUUGGAGCAAUGUUUGCAAAAACCUGGAGAGUUCAUGCAAUUUUCAAAAAUGUAAAAAUGAAGAAAAAGAUCAUUAAGGACCAGAAGCUGAUGGUGAUUGUUGGAGGGAUGCUGCUGAUUGAUCUUUGCAUCUUGAUUUGCUGGCAGGUUGUGGACCCCUUGAGAAGGACAGUGGAAAAGUACAACAUGGAGCCGGACCCUGCUGGCAGAGAUAUUUCCAUUCGUCCAAUUUUAGAGCACUGUGAAAACACUCACAUGACCAUUUGGCUUGGCAUUGUCUAUGCCUACAAAGGGCUGCUCAUGUUAUUUGGUUGUUUCUUAGCAUGGGAGACUCGAAAUGUCAGCAUUCCUGCUUUGAAUGACAGCAAAUACAUCGGGAUGAGUGUAUACAAUGUGGGGAUCAUGUGUAUUAUUGGAGCUGCAGUUUCAUUCCUCACUCGGGAUCAACCCAAUGUUCAGUUCUGCAUUGUUGCUUUAGUCAUUAUAUUCUGCAGUACCAUUACACUCUGCCUUGUUUUUGUACCUAAGUUAAUCACACUGAGGACAAAUCCUGAUGCGGCCACUCAGAACAGACGUUUCCAAUUCACUCAAAAUCAAAAGAAAGAAGACUCAAAAACAUCAACAUCAGUCACCAGUGUCAAUCAAGCCAGUACAUCUCGGCUAGAAGGACUACAGUCAGAAAACCACCGCUUGAGAAUGAAAAUCACAGAGCUGGACAAGGAUUUAGAAGAGGUUACUAUGCAGCUCCAGGACACACCUGAGAAGACAACAUACAUUAAGCAGAACCAUUAUCAGGAUCUUAAUGACAUCCUCAGUAUACGGAACUUUACAGACAGCAAAGAUGGUGAGAAAGCGGUUUUGAAAAAUCACCUUGAUCAAAAUCCACAAGCACAGUGGAGCACAACAGAGCCCUCCAGAACAAGCAAAGAUCCUAUAGAAGACAUCAACUCUCCAGAACAUAUACAACGCCGAUUGUCUUUACAGCUGCCCAUUCUUCACCAUGCCUAUUUGCCAUCCAUAGGAGGGGUUGACGCUAGCUGUGCCAGUCCAUGUGUAAGCCCCAGUGCCAGUCCUCGGCACAGACACGUGCCACCAUCUUUUCGAGUGAUGGUUUCGGGCCUGUAGAAAUGGGAGAUCAGAGCUUCCUGAACUGCUUUUAAGUACUCAGUGACUGGACUGAACAUCAGACGUAGAACUUUGCUAUAAACAUACUAUUUGCUCUUACCACACGGAGGAACUAGUGCUAAGGCCAUCAUCAUGGGAGUACCAGUGUAACUCAUGUGGAAAGGCGAGAGCAAGAGAUACCUGGAGUUUGAUCUGUAGCCUUAUUCAUGGAGCUUUUAUUUCUUCACAAAGAAGUCAUUGAAAAUAUUUCUUCCCAAAUUUCUACUAGCAACAAGGAGGCUGGGAAAUACGAAUCUUGCAAAAAAUGAGACAAUUAAAAAAAAACAACCACUCAACUGUCACUGUUACAUGGCUGCUGAAAACAUGGAACUAUAUGCUGUCCGUGUAAGAAAAAUAAAAUGGUAGAGCUAUAACAUUUAUUGAAAUAGAUACACUUCAUUUUACAAAAGUUGUGUUAAAU